UGUUCUUUCCCCAUUACACAGCAAAACGCCUGCAAGAUGCUGAAAAACGGUGAAGCAGGGCCUCACUUCAUGGCCUCUCCUCAGUGUGUUGGCUACAGCCGCAAGACAGCGCUGCCUCUCUCCAUGAACAUGUGUCUGCCCGAUCUGACGGAGAUCCGCAGGGCCGUCAGGCUGUGGGUGAAGAACACCUCCGCCCGCUCCGUCUACAUCGCCACCGACUCAGAGUCCCACAGCAGGGACAUCCAAAAGCUCUUCAAGGGCAAGGUGAAAGUGGUGAGUCUACAGCCCGACUUGGCCCAAAUGGACCUGUACAUCUUAGGCCGAGCCGAGCACUUCAUCGGCAACUGUGUCUCCUCCUUCUCCGCCUUCGUGAAGAGAGAGCGGGACGUCCACGGCCUCCCAUCAUCCUUUUUUGGCAUGGACAAGCCUGGGAAAUUAAAUCAAAAAGAAGAACUCUGAGAACAAAGGUCACAUGGUCGUCCUGGAGGACUGUAAUGAGGAGGUGAGGGAACAAGUGGAAGGCAGAGAAUAUUUAAAUGUGACAUGAGGGUUCAGGAAGGCUGGUCCUGUUUUAGAAUGGGUUUUAAUGUGAGAAGGAGGAAGGGCUUAUAAAGUAUGAUGCAGCAUGUCAGUACUGUCUGUGAAAAGUGCUAUGAUAUGGACACAGCUGCCACCAAGGAGAACUAUUUUUGUCUGUUACCUUCUUGAAAAUCCAGUAUUUGCACCCUCCCAAGAUUUUCCUUCCAUAAGCCUGUGUUCCCUACAUCAACCUAGUUUUCCUUACGAUCAGGAAAACCAACAGAUCCUUUAGCAUUUCCUUUAGCUUCUGCCAUAGUCUGUGCUGCCACCAUGCUUCCCAAUCCAGACAUGUUCGCAGGACCUCUGGUGACCUCAGUGAACCCUGGAAAAGACGGCAGUGCCAGUGAUCAUCUUCCCUCCCUCUCUCUUUUUCCCUCUUCUCUUUCUCUCUCCCCAUCUUUCCACCCCUCCAUGUAUUUUCCUGCUUGCUCUUUCCUUUCCUCUCUGCCCUCCAUUCCAAGGAGAGCACAGUAACUGAUCCUCCUGUACAUACUAAUUAUAGGAAGGAAAAA